AAUGUCGGAAUGUUUUCUUAAUUUGUCAGUCAACAAUCUAUUUUGAUUAGAAUAGUGACGAAUUUCAAAAAAAGCACUGUGUUCCAAUUAAAAUCAAUUAUGAAGUAAAAUGUAUAAUUGUUUAUUAUUAGUAAUGUGCAAAUUAUGUAGGCUUAAAAGAAAAACUUACUGCAGAUAAAAUGCUAAGUUGAACAAUCAAAUUAAUUUUUAGUUUUUAUAUUUAGGUUUCUCUUAGUUAAAUUUUCUUUAAUUUACAAAAUUUAUGACUCUACUUCGUUCUAAUUUGCCUGAUUUAUGUCGUACGCAUGUAUCAGGUACGAAUAUGACCAUGGCACAAGAUCAUGUUACGAGAAAAUGGGAAAUCUUUCAAGGUAGAAACAAGUUUUAUUGUAGCGGCAGGUUUAUGACAGCUCCUAAUGCUGGGGUGUUUUUGUUGACUGUGUUUUUGAUUACAGGAACAUGUACUCUCUUUUUUAUAUUUGAUUGUAAAUACUUAGCUGAAAAUGUUACUGUUGCAAUACCAAUCAUUGGGGCAUUUUUAUUCUUGUUCACUAUGUCUUCCUUAUUAAGAACAAGCUUGUCCGAUCCUGGAAUUAUACCAAGAGCGACAUCUGAAGAAGCAGCUUAUGUUGAGAAACAAAUAGAGGUAACGAAUUCUGCCAAUAGCCCAACUUACAGACCACCACCAAGAACAAAAGAGGUUUUGAUUAAAGGACAAACAAUUAAAUUAAAGUAUUGUUUUACAUGUAAACUAUUUCGACCACCUAGAGCAUCACAUUGUAGUAUUUGUGAUAAUUGUGUCGACAGAUUUGACCAUCAUUGCCCAUGGGUAGGAAAUUGUGUUGGUAGAAGAAAUUAUCGGUUCUUUUAUAUGUUUAUUAUAUCCUUAGCAUUUCUAGCAGUUUUUAUAUUUGCCUGUGCUGUUGCUCAUCUCAUUUUAAUGACUAGGGAAGAUAAACAAUUUUUAGAAGCUGUAAAAGAAUCGCCCCCUAGUGUUAUUGUUGCUGUUAUAUGCUUCUUUAGUGUUUGGAGUAUUUUGGGUUUAGCAGGAUUUCAUACCUACUUGACUACUAGUAAUCAAACUACUAAUGAAGAUAUCAAGGGCUCAUUUACAGGAAAAAGGGGGCAAGAAAGUUUCAACCCCUAUUCUAGGGGCAAUGUAUGUUUAAAUUGUUUUCAUAUUUUAUGUGGACCAGUUACUCCAUCGCUGAUUGAUAGAAGAGGAAUAGUGACAGAAUGCUAUAGGUUAGAAAUAUGCCAGACAACUACUGAAGCCCCAGUGCCUCUAGCAAAUUAUGGUUUAAAGACCCAAAAUGGUCCAAACCAUAUAACAAUGAAUUCUACAGAACUGCCGGGGAUUUACCGUCAAACGACAGAAAUCACAGAAAGUAACGCGGGUAGCGUAACGCAUCUGGUUUCGAGCGAGCACCCCCUGGCUGUAGCCCCAGCACUUCAAAGACUGUCCGAAGACUCGUCCAGCCACUACAAAAGCCAACCUAGCCUUAAUCACUCCCCAGUUUACAACAACGUUCUCCCAACUGUUCAGAUCAUGAGUAAAUCGCGCAGUUACGCGGAAAAUAUGAACAACGUCGAACAAUCAAAGACCGCAGUGGAUGACGACCUCCAUUUAGAUCCCGUCAUACUUAGAGAAAGUCAUAUGUUGGCUCAGAUCAACGAAAAAGCCAAGUAUCCAGAGCUAAAAAUGGAUAACGACUUGACGGUUUCGGAGAAAGAGAACAACCUGAUGAGCGCUAGUAGACUGAAACUGUUGCAGGAUACGACGAUGAUCGAGAGCGCGUUGGAUCUUGAUUCGCUAGAAGAUUCGAGCGUGGGGGCCAAUAGCCAGGCAGGGUUGAUGAAAGUACUGGUUUAGCAGCUUUAUUAAGGAAGUAAGAAAUUUAUUAUUUUUUGAUACGCGUAUAAAAGAUAAAUGAAACGUUCAAGAGCUUUAAGCCCACAAAAAUUUAUACAUAAAUAUAUUAUAAGUAUAAAGUUCAGUUUAGCAACUAGGUCUUAUAAAUAUAGUGAUAAUAUUGAAAAUAUUUAUUUUUGUAUAGUAGAUUAAGAAGAAACAAAAUAGCGGUUGUAAAAGAGAGCGGGACUCGCGUUUUACAUAUUAAUAUUUAUUCCUUUACCGCAACCAUUCUCUAAUUUUAGCAUUUUUUGUAUAUAUAUAAAGAUAUUCUCUACCUAUGACAUAAUUAUGCUGUAAUAUUUGUCACAAAUUUACAAUAAGUAGUAAUGUCUAAGUUAUGUUAUAUGUUUAUAUUUAUUUUCAUAUUGCAGUUAGAAUUUAUUUUUUCGCAUAUUAUUUAUAAAAAUCAAAUUGUUUAAUUGAUCAAUUUUUACCGUCAAACAAUAUUUACGGUGUUGCGCAAUCUAUGUAGCAAUUAGUUGGUAUUUGUUCGCUAAGACAUAAAUUGGAUAAAAAGUAUUUUUACACUUUAAACCUUAAAAUGAAACUUAAUGCAGCUUUUGGCUUGUGAUCUUGGAAAUAAUUGAGCGUCCGGAUUGCACAACGACCUUGUGGCGCGUGGCCGCGGGCAGUCCAGUAGGC